CAGCCUGAAGGGAAAGUCCAGCUCACUUCAACCUGAGAGACUCAUUGAGAACAGCUGCUCGCUCCACAGCUCGUCUUCAUCGUCCUCACCUCCAUCACCACUGCCUCUUCAUCUCCAUCUCUCCAUCCUCUUCCUCAGCUGUGUCCCUCCAUGGCGGCCGCCUCCAAGUCCUCCCAGAAGGCGAAGAAUGUGGUGAUCGCCCUGCUGGCGCUCUGGUCCAUCAUCUCGCUGAUUGUCAUCGUGGUGUGGGCGACGUCUCCGGACCUGAAGAGCUCGGCUCAGUGCCGCGCCGAGCUGCAGGAGAUGAGGGAGAAGCUGGAGGGGGCCAAGGUGGUGUUUCAGAAGGACAAGGUGGCUCUGGAGGAGCAGGUGACGGCGGCGAGGGAGGCGCAGGACCGUCAGAGGGCUGAGAUCCUGCUGCUGCUGGAAAGCAUCAAUGCCACCAACGCCACGCUGGAGGAGUGCCGGCAGGAAAACGUCGUCCUGAACGGGAACAUCAGCGUCCUGCAGGAGACGGUGGAGCAGCUCCGUGAGACGAAGGCCAACCUCACGGCUCAGAUCAGCGAGCAGGAAGAUCACAUCGAGGCGCUGCAGCAGAACGUGACGCUGGCCGGACAUCAGACCGAGUCCUGCUUCAGUCUGAAGGCUGCCGCCGAGAGCCAGAUGUUGGCGGCUCAGAGUCAGACUAAAGCCUGCGAGUCCCAGCAGCAGUUCCAGCAGAAACAGCUUCAGAAGUGUAAAGAGGGGGAACCUGAAGCUCCUCAGGAGAAGGAGAAGCAGCAGCAGGACACCUCCUCCGUCCCCGGCUCCUCCACCUCGCUCUUUGCUGGUAUUCCUGCGCUGACGCUGCUGCUCUGCAGCGCUCUGCGUCUGAUAACCUGAGCUCGGCGAGGCGGCGACCUGUCGAAGACGACGAGCACUGUGGUCCAGGACGGGGAAGGGGGGCGGAGCCUGGACGGACUAAAUGACUGCUGUACAAACAAAAAACAGAUCGCCACGGAGACGCUGACGUGUGUCGUAUGAUGAUUGGACAGAAACUUUGCUGAGACGUUUACUGACUGAUUUAAAGACUCUGCAGCUUCACCACUGUUUUCUUUUUUAUUUUCUGUUUAUGAAGCUUAACGGCUGCUUUUUACUUCCUGCUGCUGCUCUGUCACAUUUUAGCCUCCGAAAUAUUAACGUUAAAUCCUCCGUCAGGUUUUACAUCGAUUUCUUGGCAAAAAUCGUCCUGCAGAGAGUCGAAGUCCUGAUGAAACACUGGUGCGUUCAGGGACAUGAGAGAUUUAAGAUCCUGCUGCUGAGCAGAGAAACUCUAAAAUAAUUCAUCAUUGUUACUAUUUUGUUUUAUAAAUUAGGAGUUUGUACCCAGAGUGCUGCGUGUGUUUCUCUGCAGGUCGGCACACACAAACAGGAAGUUUAACUUUCACAAUAAGAGCAGAAAUAUGAAGGAAAAAAAGGGACUAAUUUGCAGUGCACACAUUGAUCAGGUUUCACUGGAGUUGUGUGAUUUAAUGAGACGGAUCAAUAACAGAUGUUUAGUGUCUCUCUGCAGCAGGAAGUCUCUGCUGGUUCUUUAAAGGAGCAGUCCGUAGACCGCCACUAAAUUCUACGCACUGCUCCUUUAAAACCAAUCAGAUCAGUGAAAGACUGACGGAGGAAAACGAUCAGCAGGGAGGCAAAGUGAAGCUCAGUUCAGAGUUCGUGUUUAUACCUGACGGUGAAAUCUGGUCUCAGUCUGGAUUCAAACUGCUGAUGUUUAUUGAUUUUAUUCAUGUUUUAUCAUCAGUUGCUCUGAUCUGUGAAUUAUCAAACGACAUGAAUAUCAGCAGAUCUGAUCAAUAAUCCGUGACGUAAUCUGUGUCCUCCGUCAAACAGCUGAUCCAGAGUCAGUUUUACCGUCAGGUGUGAACGGACUCAAAGUGUGAAGAAAUUCUGUUUGUUACUUUUUAAACUCACAGCUUGAAGCUCGACGAAGCAGCGACGCGACUUUUAGAAGCUUUUAUCUAAUUCAGCGGGGCCUGUUUGGGUGGGAGGGGCCUAUGGA